AUGGCCAUGGACGCGGUGAAGAGCGGGCCGGAGGCGUCCGGCGGCGCAUCCCGGGACGCCGUGACCGGCGGCGACGAGCACAGCGAGGGGGGGGAGGAGGGCAGGUACGAUGUCGACAGCGAGGGUGGCGACCUUGAGGAGGAGGACGACGACAGCGACGGGGGCGGCGGGGAUGCGGGGCAAGGGUCUUCAACGCCAGAUGCAGAAAUUCCGGAGUGGGUCAGUUUGGAGAACCACCCGGUGCACACGUCACAGCGCAUACAGGCAGCCUUGAUGCGGCUGGCCAACAACAACAGAAGGAACUUGACAAUACUGCUCCUUGGGCGAACCGGUGCUGGCAAGAGCAGCACUGCCAACUCCCUGUUUGGCAGUCGCAUGUUCACAGUGGCACCAUUCAACUUCCUAAACUACAUGCCUCACCAACCCAACACCAUCUCCAAGAGGAAGGUUGGGGUGGUAGUGACCAUUAUCGACUCUGUUGGCCUUGUGGAGAGUGAUUCAGUCAGCGACACGGUGUUUGAAGGCAUCACGAAGACCUUUGGACCCCAGAUUUGGAAACACUUGCUCAUCGGGUUGACGCGGAGUGAGGUUCGCAACCCAUCACCAUACUCAUCAUAUGAUGAGUAUGUUAAUAAACGUGUUUCGGGCAUUCGAGCGGCGAUGAGGAGGGCUGGCGCUCAGGAUGCAGCGUCCAUCCCCUAUGCCUUGAUUGAGAAUAGUUCAAGAUGUCGAAAGAAUGCGGAGAAUGAACAGAUACUGCCCAACGGCUGUGUCUGGGUCCCAAACCUUGUCGAGCGCGCCGUGGACCUUGCAUUGAGGCACAGCGAGGGCUACAAGUGGAAUCCCCGCAGGAGAAACUUGCUUCGAAAAUUCCUGUUGAUACCAUUGCUAUUUAUUGGACAAGUGAGUGCUGGGUGCAUGGGCUGGCACAUUCGGCCAGGUUUGUCUCGCGUGUGGUGUAUUGACACAUGCAACAACUUUGGCGUUGCUCCUUCAGUGCGUGUUGUGCUGGGCGGAGUGAAUUGCUGGCCAGUGAGCAGGUGGUUUUACGUUGCACAACUCAAUUGCAGCGUGCAGUGUGGCACCCCUGUCCAGAGACCUCAAAGAGCGGCCAUGGCCAUGUUUAGUCAUGUGGAAGAUUCGUCGCGACAAGAGGGGAACCUGUCAGCAGGAGGGCUUUCUCUCCUUUGA